AUGCCCCCAACCCGUCACCAAGGCCCCCCCCCCCAUGCCCCAACCCAACACCAAGGAGCUGACCCUCACCCUCAACCAGCCCAACACCAAGGUCCCUUACCCAACACAAAGGCCUUCACCCAUGCCCCUAACCCAACAUCACCAAAGCCCUCACCCAUGCCCCAGCCCAACACCAAGGAGCUGACCCUUACCCUCAACCAGCCCAACACCAAGGUCCCUUACCCAACACAAAGGCCUUCACCCAUGCCCCUAACCCAACAUCACCAAGGCCCUCACCCAUGCCCUCUACCAGCCCUUACCCAUGCCCUUAAGCCAACACCAAGGCAAGAACUUUAG